CCCUCCCCCCACCCCCCCCCCCCCCCCUUCCCCCCCCUCCCCCCUUACCCCCCCUCCCCCCCCCUUCCCCCCGCCCUCCCUCCCCCCUCCCCCCUCCCUCCCCCUUACCCCGCCCCCCCUCCCCCUUACCCCCCCCCCCUCCCCCCUACCCCGCCCUCCCCCCCCCCUUUCCCCCCCCUCCUCCCCCCUUACCCCCCCCCCCCUCCCCCCUUACCCCCCUCCCUCCCCCUUCCCCCCUCCCCCCCCCCUUUAAACCCCCCCUCCCUCCCCCCUUACCCGCCCUCCCCCCCCUGCCCCCCCCCCCCCCCCCCCUUACCCCCUCCCCCCUUACCCCCCCUUCCCCCCCCCCCUUACCCCCCCCUCCCUCCCCCCCCUUACCCCGCCCUCCCUCCCCCCUUCCCCCCCUCCCCCCCCCCUUACCCGCCCUCCUCCCCCCCUUACCCCCCCCUCCCUCCCCCUUACCCCGCCCUCCCCCCCCCCUUUCCCCCUCCCCCCUUUUCCCCCCCCCUCCCUCCCCCCUUCCCCCCGCCCCCCCUCCCCCCUUACCCGCCCCCCCCCCCCUUUACCCCCCCCCUCCCUCCCCCCUUCUUACCCCGCCCCCCCCCCCUCCCCCCCCCCCCUUACCCCGCCCUCCCUCCCCCCUUACCCCCCCCUCCCCCCCCCCUUACCCCCCCCUCCCCCCCCCCUUACCCCCCCCUCCCUCCCCCCUCCCCGCCCUCCCCCCCUUACCCCCCCUCCCUCCCCCCUUACCCCCCCCUUCCCCCCUCCCCCUUCCCCGCCCUCCCUCCCCCCUUACCCCUCCCUCCCCCCCCCCUUUAAACCCCCCUCCCCCCCCCUUCCCCCCCUCCCCCCCCCCUUUUCCCCCCUCCCCCCCCCCCCCCUUCCCCCCCUCCCCCCCCUUACCCCCCCCCCCCCCCUUUACCCCCCCCUUUCCCUCCCCCCUUACCCCCCCCUCCCCCUUACCCCCCCUCCCCCCCCCCUUACCCCCCUCCCUCCCCCUUUACCCCCCUCCCCCUCCCCCCUUUAACCCCCCUCCCCCCCCCCUUCCCCGCCCCUCCCCCUUACCCCCCCCUCCCCCCCCCCUUACCCCGCCCUCCCCCCCCCUUUCCCCGCCCUCCCCCCCCCCUUACCCGCCUCCCCCCCCCUUUUACCCCGCCUCCCCCCCCCCUUACCCCCCCCCCCCCCACCCCCCCCCCCCCCCUUACCCCGCCCCCCCUCCCCCCUUACCCCGCCCUCCCUCCCCCUUACCCCCCCCCUCCCCCUUUACCCCCCCCCUCCCCCCUUACCCCCCCCCCCCCUCCCCCCCCCCCCGCCCUCCCUCCCCCUUACCCUCCCCCCCCCCCCCCCUUACCCCCCUCCCCCCCCCCUUCCCCCCCCUCCCCCCCCCCCUUUAACCCCGCCCCCCCUCCCCCCUUCCCCCGCCCCCCUCCCCCUUACCCCCCCCCUCCCUCCCCCCCCCCCCCUCCUCCCCCCUUUCCCGCCCUCCCUCCCCCUUACCCCCCCCCCCUCCCCCCUUACCCCCCCCCCCCCUUACCUCCCCCCGCCCCCCCCCCGCCCCCCUCCCCCCCCCCCUUACCCCCCCCUCCCCCCCCCCUUACCCCGCCCCCUCCCUCCCCCCUGCCCCGCCCUCCCUUCCUCCUUACCCCGCCCUCCCCCUCCCUUACCCCCCCUCCCUCUCCCCUUACCCCCCCCCCCCCCCCCCUUCCCCCCGCCCCCCCCUCCCCCUUACCCCCCCUCCCUCCCCCCUUACCCCCCCCUCCCCCC